AUGCUCAAAUCAUGCACGUCGAAGGCUAAACAUCGCUCUAGAACAAAAAAUUUCAACAAUGCCAUUCGACAUAACAGUGAGACUUCUCCGGCCCGUAGUAAACCUAGUAGUGAUCCGACAAAUGUCGCCAAUUGCACCAACUGCUGUGAAGACUUUUCUACCUUUUAUCCAUUCAGUUUCAACAUUUUUUUGCCUGGAACGAAGGAAGUGGUGCGAGAGUUCGUUGUUUCUCGACACCGUCUUACCACUUCCGGCUUACGAUGUCGACUUCGACUGGGGCUAAACACCUUCGACACUGGAUGUAUAUACGGCAAAGAACGCGUGCUCCGAGUUGAAGGCAUGAGCAAAGAUGAGGUUAUCAAAUGUGUUGACCUACUGGAUUCGGUCUUCCCCGACUGGAAGGUUUGGAGACGUGGUAAAAUGGAUUCUGACCUCAUUUAA